AUGGUGAACGUUCCUCAAGAAUACAAAAAUGAAGAUAAUGCUCCGAUCGUUUACAUUUCUGGAGUAUGUUCACACGAAGACUUCCAUGAUGCUCGAGCCGGUUUCGGUAUUGACUGGGGUCCAAAUUACUCUUUCUGCAAAGGAGGACCAUCUCUCGGAGCGAAGACCACAAUAAGAGCAUAUCUCACCGCAGUUUUGACUGUCCUUGAAACGGCUCUCGCGAAUGACAUUUCUGCAAUCUGUAUCCGACAUCAGUCCGAAAAAUUACAAAAGGAGAUGAGAAUGUUGGACCAUACUCGGAAUUUGUGUAACAAUGUUCAGCUAAACGGCUCACUCAACGUUGACAUUCUAGAGGAUAUCAGAGCAUUAAUGCCACAACUCAAGGUGAAUAUAGAGAGAAAACAUUCUGACUUCUUCUCUCUCUUCAAAACAGCAGAUAUUUCUGCAAAACGUGUGGCAGGAUUGCAUUCAACCGCUGCCGAACCACUAAACGACAAACACUAUGAAAACGGAGUCAGAAUUGUCGAUGUUCAUGGAAAAUGCAACGAUCGUCAUAAAAAUCCUAUUGCUGGAUACGGAGUUUUCUGGGACUAUAAUGACCCGAGGAACCGUAGCGGAAUUUGUGGAGGUCGAGCUAACACUAAUCAGGCGUACUUCACAGCACUCUACUUUGCACUUCUAACGGCACACACUUCUAAUCACGACGAAAUAAUAAUUCGCACUCGCUCUGAUACAAUUCGCUGCUAUCUCAAAGAAAGACAAGCCAAUAAAUUAAAAACUCAAUGCUCUCGACUUUACCAAGAACUUAAUCAACUGAGAAGUCGAUUCAAGAAACUAGAAUGUGUGUACGUUGAAAGAAAUGUUCGAGGAGUGAGAGGACUGGCAGAAGCAGAGCAGCUGUCGAUUAUUGCAAGAUACCAGACAGCACAUGUCAGCAUUUGUGGAAUCGAAACUUCGUCAGAUCGAAUUGGUCGUUAUGGAAUAUUUUGGGGUGAGGGAGACGAGAAGAACUCUUUCGGGUGGUUUGGCGGAUAUCACAGUCAAUUGUGUUUGGAAAUUGCAGCUCUAGUCAUAGCUGUCCGACAGGCCAUAGAAAAAGGUUGUAUGCAUCUGACUGUUUACACCGAUUCUGAUACACUUCUGCCGUACUUGACAACAUGGAGACAAAUAUUCAAAGCUGAUAAUUGGCCGCCACUGACUAUCAAUCAUGAGACAUGUGUUAAAAACUCUAAGAUUCUCGAUGGGCUUCUAAAAAUGAUUACUGUAGAAGCACGAAGCGGACACGAAGCGUUCAUAAAGGGGGCAAGAGAACAGGCCGAAUUAGUAGAAGGUUGCACACAAGUUCAAACCUUUGGAAUGCUGAUUCCAGGAAACAAUGAGCCAACCGCGAAAUACGGAAUUUAUUGGGAACAUAGAGAUGAGAAGAAUUUCGUAGAAAUUAUCCCAGUAGAGCAUUGUCUGAAAAGAACGAAAUUAACAGCUGUACGAGUAGCUUUAGAGACGGCUCUGAAGCAUCACAUCACAAGACUCAUUGUGAAGACUGAUCUCGAAAAGCAUGAGGAAAUCGAGAAUGAAAUAGCUGCAGAGAUUCAAUACCUCUCAACAAGAUUCGAGUACAUCGAAUAUCAAGUUCACGACGCAUCGAACUUCUAUCGUCAGCAUAAGGACCUAUCAUAG